GAAUCCAAAAUGGUUUCUAAAACUUUAUAUAUUUAAUGACUAAAAUGUAAUAUCUUCCGUUGACAACUAGCAAUGGAAAAAGGAAGUCACAUGAUGAGCGGUUUACUAGUGUAGUAGCAUAUUUUGUAUUAUAAUAUUUGGUGAUAGGUUAGUUUUCAGAUUGUAGUAAUCAAGCGCAUGGAAUUGCAAUGGGUUUAUUUUGGUGAAUUUUUUUUUAACAAGACUUUUUUUCUAAAUCAAAUUCCUGAGUGUUUUUUUUUCCCGGCAAAAGGAGGCAUUAGCAGUCAAGGAUGAAGAAAAAGGUGUUGUUGAUGGGGAAGAGCGGAUCGGGCAAGACUUCGAUGCGCUCCAUCAUCUUCGCCAACUACAUAGCCCGAGACACGCGGCGGCUGGGGGCUACAAUCGAUGUGGAGCACUCGCACGUCCGGUUCCUGGGCAACUUGGUGCUCAACCUGUGGGACUGCGGAGGGCAGGAGGCGUUCAUGGAGAACUACUUCGCGAGCCAGCGUGACAACAUCUUCCGCAACGUGGAGGUGCUGAUCUACGUGUUCGACGUGGAGAGCCGGGAGCUGGAGAAGGACAUCCACUACUACCAGAACUGCCUGGAGGCCAUCGUCCAGAACUCGCCCGAGGCGAAGGUGUUCUGCCUCGUCCACAAGAUGGACCUGGUGCAGGAGGACCAGCGAGAUCUGAUAUUCCAGGAACGCGAGGAUGACCUCAAGAGACUGUCUCGGCCCCUGGAGUGCAAUUGCUUCCGGACCUCUAUCUGGGACGAGACGCUGUACAAGGCCUGGUCGGCGAUAGUGUACAUGCUGAUCCCGAACGUGAAGGAGCUGGAGCAGAGCCUGAACCACUUCGCCAACAUCAUCGACGCUGACGAGGUGCUGCUGUUCGAGCGCGCCACCUUCCUGGUGAUCUCCAACUGCCAGCGCCGCCCGCACCGUGACACGCACCGCUUCGAGAAGGUGUCCAACAUCAUCAAGCAGUUCAAGCUCAGCUGCAGCAAGCUGGCCGCGCAGUUCCAGAGCAUGGAGGUGCGCAACUCCGUGAUCUCAGCCUUCAUAGACAUCUUCACCUCCAACACCUACGUCAUGGUCGUCAUGUCCGAUCCACUCAUACCUUCAGAAGCAACUCUGGUCAACAUCAGAAAUGCAAAGAAGCACUUUGAGAAACUGGAGCGAGUCAGUCAAUCCCAGAGCGCUCUGGCCAAGUGAAUGCGAGGUGGUCCGUAGGAGCUCCGUACCACUUGUCCAGGCAUCUACCUGAAACUUUGAAGAUUCACCGCAGACCCAACACACCAACACUGUCAUCUAGUCGUCUUCUGUGGACAGCAUUUACUGUGCUUAUUUUGUACAUAUGUGCAUGAGAACAAGAUAUUCCUGAUGAUACCAACUGUGAUGAUCUGCUUGGUGUUGAGUUUUUAUAUGCAAAAUUUUGUUGUAAGAAUUCAUUUCUAUAGAUAUUUGCUUAUAAAAACAUAUUGCAUCAUUACUAUGGAUGCAUGAAUAAUGUAAAUGUAUAAUUGAGUUCAACGUACUAGAGUGUAAUAUUAAAGUUGCAAAAGAAAUUGAGUAAAGUUUGCAUGAGGAAAAAAA